AUGGAGCGCCGCUGCGACAAGGACGCUCGAUUCGGCAACCUCUACCGCAGCUUCAUGAAGGACUACGAAGACCUGCAACACAUGGAAGCUGUAACCACAUCAUCACAACAAGAAGAUACUGCAAGGUGCUACUUACCGCAUCACGGAGUGUUGCGAGAAACGAGCACCACCACUAAGCUCAGGGUCGUGUUCAACGGCUCACAGCUCACGACCUCGGGCACCUCACUCAACACCAGUCUGCUGACUGGUGCCAACCUCUUGCCAGUUCUCGCUGACGUACUCCUGCGCUGGCGCUGGCACCGUUACGUCUUCUUGGCGGACAUUGAGAAAAUGUACCGCCAAAUUCUUGUUCAUCCAGACGACCGCGAUUAUCAGCGGAUACUUUGGCGGCACCGUGCCGUUGACGACAUCCGCGAAUACCGCUUGCGAACGGUCACGUAUGGCUUGGCGUGCGCGCCAUUCCUUGUCAUACGGACCUUGCACCAGCUCGCCGACGAAGGUCACCGAUUUCCGCAAGGAGCUGUCGCGCUGCGCCGCGAUACUUACGUGGACGACGUCGUGACCGGCACGAGCACCCUCUCGGAGGCCACCGCAGCGCAACGGAAGCUCCGCAGCCUCUGCAUGGCGGGCGGGUUUCCUCUUCGGAAAUGGGCGGCCAACCACCUCAGCAUCCUGGACGGCGUUCCGCACGAGCACCGGCUGACCCACUCAUCUCACUCGUGGUCACACGAGAGUCACACAACACUGGGUCUUCACUGGCACCCGGCCAGUGAUCACUUCACAUUUUCCCAACCAACACGUCACUUCGACGAACUAACAAAACGGCGUGUCCUGUCGGAAACCGCACGAAUGUUCGAUCCUCUCGGCUGGAUCACCCCGAAGAUCGACUGGGACACUCCACUUCCAUCAUCGGACACGCUCGCUUGGAGGAACCUGCUCUCGCAACUUCCGCGUCUCAACGAGAUAAAGGUAUCUCGUUGGCUCGGCAGCGACGGUCCGCACUCACACGUCGAACUACACGGAUUCGCCGACGCAUCGGAGCGAGGGUACGCCGCCGUGGUGUACCUCCGCUCCUCCACUGGAAGGGGCGCCACACUCCACCUGCUGACCGCUAAGGGCAAGGUCGCGCCCGUGAAGCCCAUGUCCUUGCCGAGACUCGAGCUAUGCGCGGCCGCCCUCUUGACGAACCUCGUCGUCCACACGCGCACUCUGCUAAGUUUGUCCUCAGCUCCAGUCUUCCUUUGGUCGGACUCCAGGGUCACUCUUCACUGGAUCCACGGACACGCCUCCCGCUGGAAGACCUACGUGGUCAACAGAGUGUCGCUGAUCCAGGAGCGGUUACCCGAGGCGCGAUGGCGACAUGUGCCGGGCAAGGACAACCCAGCUGACUGCGCCUCCCGAGGAGUUCUGCCUAGCGACCUGGUCGGUCAUCCUCUGUGGUGGACGGGACCAUCCUGGCUUUUAGAGGACCAAGCAAGGUGGCCGAACAACGACGGCGCCCUGCUGAACGCUGCUGUGCCGGAGCAAAGAGCCGUUACUCUCAGCGGCUGUCAAGGACGUCUCCGAGUCGGCCUUUCUGCUCCGUUUCUCGUCAUUGCACCGACUGCUCAGAGUGACAGCCUGACUCUGCACUUCCUCGGCGAGAUCACAGCACUCAGCAAAGGACGCGCCUUGCCACCCAGAAGUCCUCUCACCAAGCUGAGUCCGUUCCUCGACGACAGCGGUGUAAUGCGAGUCGGAGGACGACUGAAGAACGCCAUCCUGUCUCACGACGAGCGGCAUCUCAUCAUCAUCCCACCGGAGUCAAGGUUGACUCACUUGAUGGUGGACUCCUGCCACCGGCGGACCCUGCACGGAGGAGUGCAGCUCACCCUCGGGUUGCUUCGUCAACGAGUUUGGAUCCCACGUGGUCGAGCAGUCGUCAAGCGGGCGAUCCACCGAUGCGUCACCUGCACGCGGUGGAGAGCCGCCGCACCGCAACCACUCAUGGGCAAUCUACCACGGGAACGAGUGACUCCUGCACGCCCGUUCCUGCGCACCGGGGUCGACUACGCCGGCCCUAUCCUCAUUCGGGCUAGCAAGGGACGAGGCCACAAGGCAUUCAAGGGCUUCAUCGCAGUUUUCGUCUGCCUCAGCAUCAAGGCGGUCCAUCUGAAGGCAGUCACGGACUACACGGCCGAGGCGUUCCUAGCUGCCUUCCGCCGCUUCGUUUCCCGGCGAGGCCUCUGCAGCGACGUCUUCUCCGACUGCGGCACGAACUUCGUCGGAGCUGACCGUGAGCUGCGGGAGCUGUUCCGCUUUCUCUUCCGACGGCCGUCGGAUAAUUCACGCAACAGCUUCCGACGGCGUGAGAUGGAGGUUCAACCCCCCCCGCAGCACUUCGGCGGACUGUGGGAGGCCGCCGUCAAAUCCACCAAACACCACCUCCGAAGGGUCAUCGGCGAAGCCACCCUCACUUACGAGGAAAUGGCGAUCCUCGUCACUCAGGUGGAGGCGUGCCUAAAUUCGCGUCCGUUGCAGCCGCUGACGGACGAUCCCGACGAUCUGGCGGCGCUAACCCCAGGGCACUUCAUCAUCGGCGCCCCCCUCGUGGCCGUUCCUGAGCCGUCACUCACGUCCGAGAAGGACAACGCUCUAUCGCGGUGGCGGCUUCUUCAAAAAAUGCGCGACCACUUUUGGGAACGGUGGACGCGCGAGUACCUCAGCACUUUGGCGUCACGACCAAAGUGGACCAAGGACGAAGCCGGCCCUAGCAUCGGCGAUCUGUGCCUGCUGCGAUCGGAGAUCACGCCUCCGACGAGAUGGCCGCUCGCCCGCAUCACGGCACUGCACGACGGAAUCAUACGCGUCAUCACCGUCCGCACCGCAUCUUCAGAGUUCACUCGACCACUCGCGAAGAUCAUCGUCCUGCCAGGAGACAACGCCAGGGCAGACUCAUCACAACCGGAUUCGUGA